UUACGGUAUUUUUUUAAAAUGAAUAUAUAGUUCGGUAUACUUUGUAGGGUCGUGAGGCUCGGUCACACUGGGUGCAAACAUAAAAAAUAAUUAAACAUUUUUAUUUACAAGUCGGUUUUACUCUAACAAAAUGUCUGAGCGAAAAGUUUUGAAUAAAUACUAUCCCCCGGACUUCGAUCCGUCGAAGAUUCCGCGGAUGAAAUUGGCCAAAAACCGCCAAUACACCGUACGACUGAUGGCCCCGUUCAAUAUGCGAUGCGUGACCUGCGGCGAGUACAUCUACAAGGGGAAGAAGUUCAAUGCGCGCAAAGAGGAUGUGGAGAACGAGACGUACCUGGGCAUUCGCAUCUACAGGUUCUACAUCAAGUGCACACGCUGCCUGCAGGAGAUCUCAUUCAAAACGGAUCCACAGAACACCGACUACGAGAUCGAGGCGGGGGCCACGCGCAAUUUCAUGGCCCUCAAGCUGGCCGAGGAGCAGGCACGGCGCGAGCAGCAGGAGGAACGCGAGGAGGAGGCGAAUAAUCCCAUGAAAAUGCUCGAAAAUCGCACCGAGCAGUCGCGCAAUGAAAUCGAAAUGCUGGAGAGCCUCGAGGAGCUGCGAGACCUGAACCGACGCCAGCAGACGGUGGACUACACCACGAUGCUGCAGCAAUAUAACACGGGGGAAACGGAGCGGGAACGCUUGGAGCGCGAAGAGCGUGAGGAUGAGGAGUUCAUCAAAUCUGUCAACUUUAAGAGCAAGCCCGAGGGCGGCAAUCGAAGAGUAGCCGAGGAAAUCAUUGAAGAUGUCAAAGAGGAGGCAGCGGACUCCUUGCCAGCUCCCCCGCCAGCUAAAUUGGCCAAACCCUUUGGCGCACUACCUGUGGCCGCCUCCACAAGCAAAGCAUCGGCCGCUCAACCUCAGUCAUUGGUGAAACGUAAAGCACCUUUGGUGCUGGUCAAGCCAAAGGCGGCGGCAGCCACACCCUUGGCGCUUGUCAAACCAAAAGCAGCAGCCACAGCAACGGAGAUUGCAAAUCCAGUUGUAGCUCCAAAGACCACAGCACCAGCAGCAGGUCUAUCCCUGCUAGCCGCCUACAGCGGUAGCUCAGAGGAGGACUCCACUUGACACAGCAUUUACAAACCAACUACUGACUACCUAUGCGUCCGCAGAUCCAUGCACAGUCUCCGCCCUGUUGUCGCUUGAAACUCGUGUGAAAUGUAUAUAAUAAUAAUAGUAUUUUGUAUGUGUGUUUUAUAUACUUUGAAUAAUGCAUCGUUUAAUUAACAUUUGACUUCAAUUUUAAUUCAAUUUCAAAUCAAUGAUUUCGUCAAGGCCAUUCCAUUCAUAAGGCAAAUAAAUUUCAAUUU